AGUCCUCUUCACUUCAGGACUUCUGAUGAAGCGCGCCAGACGCUGCAUAUGAGAACAGGCGCAGAAUACUCUCCACCAGUGAGGAAAAAGGGGGAAAGUUGGGCUGGAGAGGAGGAAAAGGAGCCUUUGCUGCUUAUUUUUUCUCUAUGUCAUCGUGGUGACAGGACAGACCCCCUUCUUUGCGGGUCAGCUGAUGAGGGAAGAUGAAGAGCCAAAUCACUAAUGCACUUUCUGACUUCUUCUUCGAGUAUGAGACCCCCCGCCAGGUGCUGGUGAGGAACAGGAGGGUGGGAGUGGUGUGCCGUCUGAUCCAGCUGUUGGUCCUGGUGUACAUCAUUGGGUGGGUGUUCAUCUAUGAGAAAGGUUACCAGUCCACCGACACUGCGGUCAGCUCCGUCUUCACCAAAAUGAAGGGAGUGGGCUACACCAACGUGAGCGGGAAGGAGAGAGCGUGGGAUGUGGCCGACUACGUCUUCCCUCCCCAGGGGGACUCAUCUUUUGUAGUAAUGACAAACUUCAUCAUAACAGAAGGCCAGCAUAUGGGAGAGUGUCCAGAGCUUACAGGGAAGCACAACUGCAGCUCAGAUGCGGACUGUGAAGGAGGGAGUUUCAAACGUACGGGACAUGGACAAAUGACUGGAGUGUGUAACAGAACCACUAAUACCUGUGAGGUGUUGACCUGGUGCCCAGUUGAAGACGACCGCAGCAUACCAGAUCCUCCUCUAUUGAUGAGUGCAGAGAACUACACACUUUUCAUCAAAAAUUCUGUAACUUUCCCUUUAUUUGGGGUCACAAGGAGUAACCUGGUGGAGGGCAUCGAAGGCGGAUACAUCAGUAAAUGCUUUUACCAUCCAAAGGAUUCUCCACUCUGUCCCAUCUUCAAACUGGGAGACAUUGUGAAACUGUCUGGCUUCAGCUUCGAAACGAUAGCCCAAGAGGGAGGGUCCAUUGGUAUUGUUGUUGACUGGACAUGCAACCUGGACAUGGAUGUGAAACACUGUAAACCACAAUACAACUUUCAUGGUCUCUAUGGAAACCCUGAUGAGAAGGACAAAGCCAGAGCAUCUGUGGGAUACAACUUCAGAUAUGCGAAGCACUACAUGGAGAACAGCGUUCCGAAAAGAACCCUCCUCAAGGUGUUUGGCAUCAGGUUUGAUAUCAUCGUGCAGUCACUGGCACGCAAAUUUGACAUCAUCCCAACACUGACAGCAAUCGGCUCUGGCGUGGGAAUCUUUGGUGUGGCAACUGUGGUUUGUGACCUGGUACUCCUCCACUUGCUACCAAAAAGGGAAUUUUACAAAAACAUGAAAUUCAAAUACACAGACUCACAUGAACAGGACCGUGAUUCAGAGGAAGCAAGCACAGAAAACGAGAAGUGACCUGGGAGCACACAAGCCUGUAGGAAUGCUGCUUUAUGAGCUGGACAGCAGGAGAACAAUGCCUUGGACCCUGCAAGAAAAUGCACAUACACACACACACUUGAUGGACCCCUGAAACGAGGAAGGACAAUAUCAAGUGGCAGUGUCACAUGUCCUCUUAUUUGUUUUUGAACCUCAGUGGCAUGUUCAACCGUCGACGUCUAUAAAAGCCACGCCGAGGGACUUCUCAUGGUGUAUGUAGAGCUGCAGAUAAGCACGCUCCGUUUCUGUGUACUUUUUUGGGUGUUGCUCGGUUUGCUUUUGUCCACACUGUGGGUGUAUCCUCCACCGCGUUGACGGUCUCUGCACACGAACAUGUGAGAGAGGAAUACCUGGCACUUUAGAUGUCUGUCAGUGUCUUUGUCAUAGGUAAACAUAGCGUGUGUCUGGAUGUGCUUCUUAAGUCUUUAAUUGAGUGUGUGAAUAUGUGAUCAAGAGUCAAACUAAAUAAAAGAGGUACCAUAGCGUAUACAAUAACGUUUUUUUUUU